GUGACCCGUAUGUGAAAGUGACGGUGUAUGACUCUUCGCAUGGCGUCCUGACCACUGUGCAAACAAGGACUGCUAAAAAGACCUUGGAUCCAAAGUGGAAUGAAGAAUUCUUCUUCAGAGUCAGUCCGCAGAGGCACAGGUUUCUUCUGGAAGUAUUUGAUGAGAACCGCUUGACAAGAGAUGACUUCCUGGGUCAGGUGGACGUCCCUCUCUGCCAGCUGCCGACAGAGAAUCCGGCUACCGAGAGGCCGUACACAUUUAAGGAUUUUGUCCUUCACCCACGGAGCCACAAAUCCCGAGUGAAAGGGUUCCUGAGGCUCAAAAUGACGUACUUGCCUCAAAGCCACAGCCCCGAAGAAGACGGCCCGGAGCAGGCGGAGGAGCUGGAGCCGGGCUGGAUUAUCCUGGACCAGCCGGAAGCCACCUCGGGCCAGCUGCAGGAGCCGGAGGCAUCUCUCCCCCCCGGCUGGGAAGAGCGGCAAGACCUCCUCGGCAGGACUUACUACGUCAACCACGAAUCCCGAAGGACGCAGUGGAAAAGGCCAACUCCUCAGGACAGCAGGCCUGCCGCGGAGAAUGACAGCACUCAGCUGGAAGCACAGCGGGCCUUUGCCCACCGGCACCAAAUCACGGAGGAGUCCGAGGGCCUGGAGAGCAGCGAAUCCCCUGAGAGCUGGGAAAUCAUAACAGAAGACGAAGCCACUCUCUACGGCGCUCUGCGGGGCCACGCGGAGGCCGAGGCACCCCCUGCGGAAGACCUGAGUGCUCAGCGGACCCCUGCGGCACCCGGCCCUAGCGCCACCAGCAGAAGCAACGGUCUCCAAACAUACAGCCGGGAGGAGCAGCCGGUGCUCCCUGUGUUACUGCCCACUUCAUCUGGGCUGCCUCCCGGCUGGGAGGUGCGGACGGAUGACAAAGGCCGGCCUUACUACAUCGACCACAAUUCCCAGACCACCACCUGGCAGAGGCCGGCAGGGCAGGUGGGAGCAGAGGAGCCUCUGGCAGCCCUUGCAGGGAGCCCUUCCGUGGGGCAGCAGCUGGACUCCUCCCGGCAGGCAUGGCCUCCAUUGCCAGGGGCCAGGGACCCCGGGCCUCUCCCCAAAGGCUGGGAGGUCCGCAACGCCCCCAGUGGGAGGCCCUUCUUCAUUGACCACAACACCAAGACCACCACCUGGGAGGAUCCCAGACUGAAGCUUCCAGCCCACGUGAGAAGGAAGGCCUCUUUAGACCCCGGGGAACUUGGCCCUUUGCCGCCCGGCUGGGAAGAGAGGAAUCACACGGACGGCAGGACCUUCUUCAUCAACCACAACACCAAAAGGACUCAAUGGGAAGACCCUCGCCUCCAGAAUGCAGCCAUAACCAGACCAGCUGUGCCUUAUUCCAGAGACUACAAACGGAAGUACGAGUUCUUCAGGAAGAAGCUAAAGAAGCCAACUGACAUUCCCAAUAAGUUUGAGCUGAAACUUCACCGGAGCAACAUCCUGGAGGAUUCCUACCGCAGGAUUGUGUCGGUGAAGAAGGCGGAGUGCCUGAAGGCCCGGCUGUGGGUCGAGUUUGAGGGCGAGAAAGGCUUGGACUACGGAGGGGUCGCCCGGGAAUGGUUCUUCCUGCUCUCCCGGGAGAUGUUUAACCCCUACUACGGGCUCUUUGAGUAUUCGGCUGCGGACAACUAUACUCGGCAGAUCAACCCGAACUCGGGGCUGUGCAACGAAGACCACCUCUCCUACUUCAAGUUCAUUGGCCGGGUGGCGGGGAUGGCCGUUUAUCAUGGGAAGCUGCUGGAUGGCUUCUUUAUUCGCCCUUUUUACAAGAUGAUGCUUCAGAAGCCCAUCACUCUCUGCGACAUGGAAUCCGUGGACAGCGAAUACCACAGCUCUCUGAAAUGGAUCCUUGAAAAUGACCCCACAGAACUCGACCUCCGGUUCACAGUUGACGAAGAACGUUUUGGGCAGACUCAUCAGCACGAGUUGAAAAGUGGAGGCUCGGAUCUGGUGGUCACCAAUGAGAACAAGCAGGAGUACAUCCACCUGGUGAUCCAGUGGCGUUUUGUGAACAGAAUCAAGAGGCAGAUGGCUGCCUUUAAGGAGGGCUUUUUUGAACUUAUACCGCAAGACCUUAUCCGAAUUUUCGAUGAAAACGAGCUGGAGCUGCUGAUGUGUGGCCUGGGCGACGUUGACGUCAACGACUGGAGGGAACACACCAAGUACAAGAACGGCUAUAGUGCGAAUCACGUGGUGAUCCAGUGGUUUUGGAAGGGGGUGCAGCUGAUGGAUUCUGAAAAGCGAAUCAGACUUCUUCAGUUUGUGACGGGCACCUCCCGCGUACCCAUGAAUGGAUUUUCAGAAUUGUAUGGUUCCAACGGACCACAGCUCUUCACCAUUGAGCACUGGGGCAGCCCUGACAAACUGCCAAGAGCCCACACGUGCUUCAACCGCUUGGAUCUGCCGCCCUACGAGUCCUUUGAAGACCUCUGGGACAAGCUGCACGUGGCCAUUGAGAACGCUCAGGGGUUUGACGGGGUAGACUGAGCCCAGCCCUCCCCCCCCCCCCCAGCAGCCUGGCCUUUUCUUCUUCCUGCGCUGCAACUCCAGAGUUUACAAGCUGAGGCCAGCCUCUUCCAGGGAUCUGUGGCAGGUCUUUCGUGAGUGUUCAUUUCAGGCACCUUCAGUAACCUUUCGCCAUUUGAAGGCCUGGCUGGCAUGAGGGACACACUGGCACGGCUGCCCACCGGGCACUCCAGACUACUGAAGCCAAAGCUGUGAAAGAAGCUGUGAGUCCAGCCAGGGUGUGCUGUGUGUGGGGGACUCUCGGCCUGCCUCUCCUGAGGGCUGCUCCAUGCGCGCACACAAAGGGCUCUCUCUCCUCUGGGCUUCCAAGUCUCUCCUUCAGGCCUCCUUCCAAAGCACUUUAUUGCAUUUUCAGGGAAAAGAGUUAGCAUCGCUCUGGGCCCCCCCCCCCCCCCCGCCCCCAGUUCCUGCCUGUGUGGCGCGUUCAGCCAUGUUCUGCAGCUGGCAGGCCGUGGGACUUGGAUCCCCUCCAGUAGGGGCAGAGGAGCAGCCGAGGCCCCGAUCCAGCAGGGGAGCGUCCCCCUGGCCUGGCCGCCUGUUGGGUUUUGUUGCGCAGAACCGCCUGCCUACGGGGCCCUCACCUGCCUUCACGUUUCUAUUUAAGAUUUUUAACUUUUGAGAUUCAAGAGAGAAUGAACUCGGAUGAAAUUAUUUUGAAAUCUGUUCCAAUUUAUAUUUGACUUGUGGAUUUUUGGUAAACUAUAUUUUGAUAAGUGGUCUAAGACGUGGUCCUGCUCAGUUCGUGCUUCCUCACUCCAGGCUCUCCUCGUGUGCCACGUUGUUUGUUCCGUUGCAGCCAAACGCCCGCUUUGGAUCCCGCCUUGCAGUGCUGCAGCCUCAGAGCAGGGAUGUGUUUACAGGGUUCUGGCGACCUGAUCUGGGCAGGGGCCCCUUUCUGCAGAAGGCCCCGGGGGGGAUUUGUUUACACCUCAUCCUGGUUUCCUCCCCCCCCCCCUUCCCGCCGCAGUGUUCCAUUUUGUCUGUGUUUGGCUUAGAAACCAAAUAAAAACACAGGGAAACCAAAGUCAUGUGCAAUUUCUUGUGAAGUGGCAGCUCACAUAAAUGCAGUAUGGAGUUGCUCGUGCCUUUGUUGGAGAAGCUGUGUGGGGAUUUGGAUCCAACCGUCAGGCCUGGUGGUCAAGUCGGUGCUGGUUCUGAGUGGCGGCUUCUGGCUCUUCCUUUGCCCCUUUCCCAGCCUGCUGCUGCUCUGCUAGCACCGCCGCUAUCUGGAGGCAGGGGAAGGGGCCGUGUGGCGGCCUCCAGCCGUGGCACGCAGGGCUUCCCGAGCACCGGCCCUCCGAGGGGUCUCUCAAGGGGGGAGUCUUGGCAGAGUGUCAAAGCAACUCCAGAGCUUCCACGCCGAGGGGUUUUGCAAAACUUUGACUGCUGUGUCCCUGUAAAAUUGAAUGUAAUGGUUGGGAGUGCUUCAGCCUGACAAAUAAAGCACCUGCAACAGUCCAUUAAACUUGAUUUGACUUUG